GGUUCCUCUUUGGGCCUUCAUAUCUUCCACCCAUUCUUAACCGAUACCAUAAAAAACAAAAGUGCGUGUAUGUGCACGUGCACGUUUGGGUUUUUGGGAAGAAAAAUUGUGAGAUAUUGACUUGAGCGAAAGUAAUGCUUUCGUCACAUUCCACCACAUAAAUUUAAUCAUUUCUUAUCUAUACACCCUGGUUGCUCAACACGUACGCACGAGAGUUUGUACUCUCAUCAUCAGUUCGGCAAACGCUUCAACUCUCGUCACUUUACUGGUCUCUUUUAUCACUGGAAGUUAUGGUGCUCAUUCCAGCAGAGUACGAUGUUGCAUGGAAGCAGUGAUAACACGCUUCAUUCUCUCGUCACUCUGAAACCAGUACGCACGAAGAUCCUAGUGCCACGUUUGAUAAGUCUAGCUGAGAACGGAACGUCUCUCACGGCGGACCCGCGAGAGUGAACAGGAUGUGAAGCACGGCGAGUACUACUGAACGUUGCGAUUCCAGCAUCCAGCAGCUUGAGCUUGAGCGUCAGCUCACCCACCAAGAGAGGCACUCUAGCCGGAGAGAGCAAUCCCAUCGGUGCUGGGAUGAAGGGGAAAAAAUCGAUGAUUAGCGUCGUCCCUGAAAGUCGUCCAGCCCUUCAACAGCCACCACACCAUGCAAAACCAUGGACAGCGUCUGCAAGAUUGUCGUGUACGGAAUCAGUUUGUUAGUGCAUCUCGUGGCGUAAUGACUGAGCGUCCGAUCGGUAGCUACGUACUGUGAGCAUCUUAGGACGUGUGUUGGUUGUGGUCGUUGCGCUUGAGGAAAAAAAAAAGAUCUUCGAAAAAAUCGAAUAGAAAAGUUUAAACACCCUUCAUUGUUCAGUGUUUUCCGUGCUCUUGUGCGCGCGUGUGUUGGUGCGUGAGUUUAUCAAGCAAAAGGUGCUAUUGAAGCAUAAUUGCAUCAUUCGGUCGAACCAGCCCAGAUUAGUGGUGCUAUUGCGAAAGAUUGAUUAAUUUUGUGAAAGUUGUCAGUACGUAACAAACGUGACAUUCGCGCCACCGUUCCAAUACAACCUAUCGGGCCCGCUUAUCGUUCCGUUUUCUGCUGCAACGUUGUGGGCAGAGAUACGUGCAUUAAAGGCUCUUCGUGACACGAAAGGAAACCCAGCGUACAAAAACGCGAAUGUGUGCAGGUUGUGUGAGAAAGAAGUAAAAGAAAUAUGUGCAUGUGGCGGCUUUUUCCAUAACCCGAUAAGCACAUCGGUGAGCGCAAGUAAAAAUGAAUUGAUAGCAUUUGCAUUUACAUCACAGCGAGUGCGAAGAUUAAGCGCUACAAGAAGCGUCCAUUAUUUGAUUUGAGGUGAGGAAACAUUUCGACACCGCAGUGUGUGAAAUCUUGUACCCAUAACAAGGUCGUCGAGGUGAACAUCGUUUUUGUUUUCUCGGGUGUUGGUGACCAGAUAAUUCUCUGCCUGAAGUGUGCACACAGCUUCAACAACGGCUGAGUGCUGUACCGGAGGAGUCUUCCUUUGUGGCAAACGGAGGAUUUAGGGGGAUUUUCCCAGUCUGUGGUUGAUCGACGCUGGUGUGAUAACCAUGAUGAAGUUCCGUGCUGUAAUCACACUCGGUGUGAUCGGUGCCAUCCUUGUAAAUUACGUCCAAUCGGCCAUCCCCAUACAGCCUACGACACCGACAACAACUACCACGGGUAGAAGCGUAUCGGUGACCACAUCGGCAGUACCAUCGCCUAGAAUAUUUGGCAAACCGGCAUCAUCGGAUGAAGAGAGCGUUUGUCCCGGUGACAAAUUCCGCUGCAAGAAUGGUAGGUGUAUCCUGAAGCGCUGGCAGUGCGAUGGUGAGCGUGACUGUGCCGAUGGUUCGGACGAGGACGUCGACAAAUGCCAGAGCAAAGUGUGCUCAUCAGAGGAAUUUACAUGUCGCAGCGGAACCGGCAACUGCAUCCCGCUGGGCUGGAUGUGCGACCAGAACCGUGACUGUGCCGACGGGUCCGAUGAGAUGUCCUGCAAUGAAACAUGCCGCUCGGAUGAGUUCACCUGCACGAAUGGGCGUUGCAUACAGAAGCGUUGGGUUUGCGACCACGAUGAUGACUGUGGUGACAAAUCGGACGAAAAAAAUUGUCAACCAACGACGUGCGAUCCGCUGAAACAGUUUGCCUGUGCGGAAAAUUACUGCAUCACCAGCAAAUGGCGCUGUGACGGCGAACCCGACUGUCCGGACGGUUCCGACGAAAGGGGAUGUGCCAAUCCACCACCGACCGUCAUCUCCACCUGUCUGCCGUUGGAAUAUCAAUGCAACGAUCGCAUCACCUGCGUUCAUCGCAGCUGGAUCUGUGACGGCGAGAAGGAUUGCCCGAGGGGUGAUGAUGAAAUGCCACCGAUAUGUCAGAAUGUAACCUGCCGCUCGGACCAAUUCCAGUGCAAAAAGGAUAAAACUUGCAUCAAUGGACAUUUCUACUGCAACGGCAAGAAUGAUUGUUCCGAUGGUAGUGACGAGCAGAACUGUGGAACCAACAGUCGCAGUGAGAAAUGCAAUCCGAAGACAGAGUUUGAUUGUGGUGGUGGAAUGUGUAUACCGUUGUCGAAGGUUUGCGACAAGAAGCCCGAUUGUCCAGAAUUCCAGGACGAACCCGUUGACAGGUGUGGCAAAAAUGAGUGUCUACAAAGCAACGGUGGCUGUUCGCAGCUGUGUGUCGAUACACCGGCUGGUUUUUACUGCGACUGUAAACCGGGCUUCAAAUUAGCCGACAAUCGAACGUGUGUGGACAUCGACGAAUGUGAGGAACCGGGAUCGUGUUCGCAGAACUGCAUCAACGAGAUUGGUACGUUCAAGUGCGAAUGUAUAGACAAUUAUCUGCGAGAUCCACGAGAUCACACGCGAUGUAAAGCGACGGAAGGACAUGCGUCGCUACUAUUUGCCCGACGACACGACAUCCGGAAGAUCUCGCUCGAUCACCGUGAGAUGACGUCGAUUGUGAAUGACACCAAAUCCGCUACCGCACUUGAUUACGUGUUUCGCACCGGCAUGAUCUAUUGGAGUGAUGUUUCGGAAAAGCGAAUUUACAAAGCUCCAAUUGAUGAAGGCUCAGACAAGACGGUUGUAGUGAAGGACCCGCUCGUCACGUCGGAUGGAUUGGCCGUCGAUUGGAUCUACAAUCAUAUCUACUAUACGGACAUUAAAAAGUCAACUAUCGGGCUGACUAACUUCGAUGGUAAUAUGGGCAAGAUUUUGGUGCAAGACGAUUUGGAAAUCCCUCGUGCAAUUGCGCUGGAUCCCAUUGAAGGAUGGAUGUACUGGACCGAUUGGGGCACCAAUCCAAGAAUUGAACGAGCCGGUAUGGACGGUACCCAUCGGCAAGUGAUUGUCAGCUACGAAGUAAAGUGGCCCAACGGAAUUACGCUAGAUUUGGUGCGAAAGCGUGUGUAUUGGGUUGACGCGAAGCUGAACGUGAUAUCGUCCUGUAACUAUGACGGCACAAAGCGCUCGGUCGUGCUAUACUCAGCGGACUACUUGCGGCAUCCGUUUUCCAUUACCACGUUCGAGGAUUACGUGUACUGGACCGACUGGGAUAAGGAAGCCGUAUUCAAGGCAAACAAAUUCACCGGCAAAGACAUCGAACCGGUGACAGCAAUGCACAUGCUACAACACCCGAUGACGAUUCACGUGUACCAUCCGUACCGUCAACCGGACGGUGUAAACCACUGUCAAGCGGUGAACGGCCACUGUUCGCAUCUGUGCCUGCCGGCUCCCCAAAUUAACUCCAACAGUCCCAAGAUUUCCUGUGCGUGCCCAACCGGACUGAAGCUGAUGAGCGACAGCCUAAUGUGUGUAGAAGACGAAAAAAGCUCAAUUGAGGCGACGGGCACUAGCGAAGACAGUGAGGGCAGUGGCAGCGCUGCUAACAUCGGUAGCAACAAUGGUAUGAAUAGCUCCAACAAACACAUCGAGCACCACUCGAGUAACAUUUACGAUAGCAAUAAGGACAUCAUCGCUUCAUCCGCAAAUGUAUCCUCUUCCUACUCCAAUUCCUCCACAUCAUCAUCAUCAUCUUCUAGUACUGUGAAGAACAACUGGCAAUCGACUAUUGCCCUGCCUGGGGUUAGUCUGCCCGGCCACGUUCCGAACUCCACCAGCAUCGCUAACAGCUUACACCUUGCCGCCAUCUGUACCAACCUAACGCGCACGGUGGCAAUUAUGGAAAGUUUGAAAUCAUCCACCGGUACGGUACGGGAUUGGACCGCACUGUACCAAUCGUACAUGAACCGGGUCGUCACACCGAACCAAACGGAGGUGCGCCCGAUACGGUACUCGUACUGGGAACAGCGCAAGCGAUUCAAUCUGCUUGAAAACCUGUUCCCCCGCGUCCCGGCCGAUGCCAUCGAGCGGGCAAACGAGGCGGCCGCGGCCCAACAUCGGGCACUCUACGAUAACGAGCUGUCCGCCUCCAUCCAGUAUGUGAGGUGGAUCUGCGAAAAGUAUGGAGCAACGAUGCGAAAUGGUACCGACGGUACGAUCAUCCAUCCGGGUGUGGUCGAGGAUGACUCCGGUAAGGUCGGUUUAAUCGCUAUCUGCAUCCUGUUAGUGGUGUUCUGCUUCAUAGCAUUGGUUGCGUUCUGCUUAUAUCGCUACUACACGCAUGGACGCGCGCAAACCAUGAACUUCGACAAUCCGGUGUACCGAAAAACGACCGAGGACCAGUUCAGCCUGGAGAAGAACAUGCAGAGCCGCAUGUAUCCGAGCACCGUUGGCGAAGAGGCACAGGAACCGCUUACCCGACCGGCAACAAACGAUUUUGUGUGAAGCAUAACCAAAAACCAUACUUCUUCGGUUGGCGUUCGUGAAACCCACACACUCAGACACACAUACAGCCGCCACAUGCAGCGUACUGAAGGAGCGAGAUAUUCAUGGGAGAUUUAAAAAAAACACACACACACACACGGCAGAAUGAAUAUUUGUAUCACCGUUUGCUCAAGCAUUACAACGCCAUCAAAACGCGAUAAAACUAAAACAACAUACGGACACCGACGCAAAUAGAUGGUGUGUGCGUUUGUGCAAAUAAACGGAUCCUUUCUUGAGCCAACUUCAUCCCGUGGACGUCGUGGUUCGUCAUCCUGCGCUGUUGCAAUAUAUUAUUUAAACCGUUACACACUACUCAAACACAAUGGCGUGUGUCUUAAAAAAAUUGUGGGGAAAAUUCUUAACGUUUAAAAUAGCAUUAAAACCAAGGCAAAACUGAAAGAGAGAGAGCAAAAGAAAGAGAAAGAGAUAGAAAGAGAGAAACCAUCACCAUGCAAACAAACCAUAUAAGGAUAGUGAGUGAGGAAAGAAGAAACCACAUCCCGCCGGAAAUACUCAUCCUGUAGCGAAUAAGCGAAAUAUCAAUUGUUUUGGUUUCCUUUUUUUUUGCCUUUUUAGAAAAAUUAAAAUUCAAUUGUUUCCCCUUACUCACGCUCUGCAACCAUUACAAUCAUUUCCGGGUGCAAAUGAACGUGCACUUGCCAUCAAAGUUAAUGGCUGGUAUGAUUGUGUUGGGGAAAAAUCUAAAACAGAAGGCAUCCGGUAUAUGUAUAUCUAGCAAAAGGCAAAACACAAAAAGCACAAUUCAUACCCCACCUGACCUUUAUCUGAACUGAAGUCUUAAAAUAUUAUUACAAUUUCUUUUUCUUCCUCCUGUACUUGGCAUGUGUGCAUGAGUUUGUGGGUAUGUGUGCGUGGUAAUAUAUACAAAUAUAUAUAUAUUUUGUUUUUUGGUUAUAUAAGAAGAAACAUCCUAAAGCGUAUAUUUAAUAGUAAAGUCAAAUAUAUGUAACUUCUUUUUUUUUUCUUUGCAAUUUUUACGAUUGCAUAUUGCCAACCGGGAAAGGAAAACGUUUUGUGUGGUAGCAGUGGUUUCGUUCUAUUUUUUUGUUUGUGUGCAAAAUUUAUUUAGCUAAAUAAGUAGUGGAAACUUUAUAAAGUGGGAUCUUAGCAGAUAAACGAUAGGCAAAAUAUAAUUAUCCAUUAAUAGGUUUUGUUUUUUUUGGCUGAAAGGUUUCUUUUUUUUUUGCUUUAGGCAAGGAAGUGUGACAAUUGUUUGAAUGUUGUUUUGUUUUCAAAAUUUAACAACUCAAAAAAAGAAAUGUAUAAGGUGACAGUUUCAACCACGUAUGGUUGUACAAGGCUAGAACAAAGCGAACAGUACAGCAUGUCCAUCAAUUAGUAGUAGUUUGUGCGUGAAGUAAGUGGGCCAGCAGAAGAAGAAAAAAAACUAAUGAAAUGGAAAGACAUAAUUGUAAAUACACAGUCCUGUUACGUUAUA